GUGACCAAUAUAUAUUAUCCCCUCCUCGUUCCCCUUCCCUUCGCUUCGCCUCAUUUUUUCACUCUGAAACCCUAACCCCUCUUCGAUCGUGCAACAACAAUGCCGCCGAAGUUCGACCCCUCACAGGUCGUUGACGUCUUCGUCCGCGUUACCGGCGGAGAAGUCGGUGCGGCGAGUUCGCUCGCUCCCAAGAUCGGUCCGCUCGGUCUCUCCCCUAAGAAGAUCGGAGAAGACAUCGCCAAGGAGACCGCGAAGGACUGGAAGGGGCUGAGAGUCACCGUCAAGCUCACCGUACAGAACCGUCAGGCGAAGGUAACGGUGGUUCCCUCGGCGGCGGCGCUCGUCAUCAAGGCCCUCAAGGAACCCGAACGUGACCGGAAGAAGACGAAGAACAUCAAACACAGCGGGAACAUAUCUCUCGAUGACGUCAUCGAGAUCGCCAAGGUCAUGAGGCCGAGGUCCAUGGCGAAGGACCUCAGUGGAACCGUGAAGGAGAUCCUCGGAACUUGCGUCUCCGUUGGAUGCACCGUCGACGGGAAGGACCCGAAGGACUUGCAGCAGGAAAUCACCGAUGGUGAUGUUGAAAUCCCUCAGGAUUGAGGAUGAAGGCUUUGUCUCUCUCUCUCUCUCUUUUUCUCUUUCUGUUUGAUCAGUGUUUUUCUAUAUAAAUUUGGGGAACUAUUGGACGUUUUGUUUAAGUUAAUCUACCGUUUUGGAUAAUUUAGAUGAUUUCGAGAGAUCUUAUCAGCUUAGUUGAUUUCUGCUUACAGCAUGAUAUGUUGUUUCGAUAUAAUUUUGUCAAUGGAUUUUAGUAAUUUUGCGUAUAUUUAUCCUUUUUGUUCGUCGAGUCUAGUUCAUUGCGAAUAUUCGGUCUUUGUUGAAUUUACAGGUUGAGUUUGAAUUUCUUUUUUCCCUAUAAUUUUCUUAUUGUUAUGUUGUUAUUGUCCCAGUACUCAGUGCUGUGGUUAUAGAAAAUAUAGCUAAGCUGGAAAUGAGGGGUUGGUUUAAGGGAAUCAGUUGAAGUAAGCUUUAAUUCAACAAGUGCUUAUCUUAGCAGCAUAUUUUGAUCAACUUCACUGCGAAGAUUGUUGACAUAAGUGAAGAAGAGUUAGUUGGGAGAUCAUAAGUUUAACCAAGCAUUUGAUUCGGUGCAUAUGUGAUGGCCUCAAAUAAGCACGCUAGCAGUUCUUCCGCACGUGCCCUAGUUUAUCUCUCGUGUGUAUGGAUUUGCUUAUUUAAUAAAUUUUUAAA